CUAUUACUAAGAUAGAAAUAUCACCACAUGAAAACUACCUUAUUACUUAUAGUGAAGAAGAUAGUUCAAUUGCCGGUUGGAAUGUUGAAGAUAUUGAUAAGGUUCAACUUAAAUUUCAUCAAACUGUUAAAAUUAAUAAAGAAGGUGAUGAAUAUAAUAUUUAUGAAAUCAAAAGUUUAUGUGUUUCUGAUGAUAAGAAACUUGCUUAUGUUUAUCUUCAUAGGGAUUAUUGGCGUUGUUCUGGUAAGUAAUAAUUAUUUGAUUAGUAUGUAAUUAUUAAAUUAUGGUAAUUGAUAUUUAUUUUAAUAUUUUUUAGUAAUCGAUAUGAAUAAUAAAG